CGCAUUUCUGAAUAUCCAGCGUCACGGCCUUCAGAAGUUCAGCGAAAUAUGGGGUGCAAAUAACUAGCACAAAUCGAACUUUUAUUCACCGCUAGUGGCCAUGCAGGAGAACGUUCCCUGUCUUAUUCGCGAGGUGGAGCGUGUUGUGACCACUCCGUAUGCUCCCGCCCUCAAUACUUGGGUUCAGAAACUCGAAGCUAUCGUGGAAAAUAUUCCCAAUGUUGCUCUCCGCCAGUGGGCUGAUUGCAAGCCCUGCCAGGUGCUACUUCUAGCGGCGGUAAUUAUCGAACAAAUGCCGUAUUCGCUCAAGCUUUUAACGAAAUUCGGUUGGUGGCCACGUUUACUAGAACACAUCGAUGCAUGUAUAUCCAUGCUGUCGAGUUGCGCGCCUGAGGAUGUCGCUAUUCCUGCGAGAAUUCCUGCAUUCCUAACCAACCUGCUGCAUAGGAUGGUACAAGAGCCGGGUGUGAAGACAAUCCGACCUUUAUACGAAGUCAUGGAUGGCCUUCUUGGUAAUUCAAAUAUACUCAAGAUUAUACCGAAUGAUCUCAUGGCCAGCUUCCAGCAUGAAUCGACCAAUAUCUUGCGGAAUCUGAACGAUCCCAUGGGGAGCCUACUCUGUUUAGCCACUUUUACCCGAAUACGUAAAUUGUGGCUGCAGAAUGCCAACAAUUGUGACAACCGAGUUUGGCUCGAAAAUAUUUGUCAUAUUUUCGGCUCUAAACGUGUAUCUAAGACUCUUGACUUGGUAGUAAUAUCUUCUAUCAUGGCUUGCUCAGACACCUGCAAUGGAUACUCGUCCGAGGAGCGUCUUUUGAUAGUCCGAUUAUCCAUAGAGAUUUGCGAGAACAUUGACGAAGACUUGAAAAAGUCUUGGCUCAGUACUGGUUCUCCCAAAAUCGUAAAAUUGUGUGAUAAGCUACGGCGACCGGAUAUAGACUCGAGUCUUCAAAUGAUGGGAUUAACAUUUGUAAUAACCUUUUUGGAACGUCUGUCGUUGCCUUCAGAAAUUUACAACACCGGACGAGAGCGACUCUUUGCAGAGGGAGGAUUCAUCAUUCUCAAUCAAAUGUCGGAAACAACUAAAUAUACCCUUUUGCGUCGAGUAUUGGCACACUUCGAUGAAAAUGAGCUUUGCAACCUUCUAUCAUCCUCGAUAUCAACUCUAGCGCCGGGAAGAAUGGUAGAAGUAGCAGAUAUGGCAAUGCUGAGAGUCAAUAUACUUGCUUUUACAGCUAUAAGAGAAUCGGACCAUCACUUAUCUGCUGUUACCUCGUAUUUGAAGCGCCUUCCUGUUGCAGAUGAAAAGAUUUUAAAAGCUUACAUGAUCUGUGUUGCAAGAAAUGCUGAUUUAAGAAAAUUGCUUUUUAUUGAGAUUCUCCAUUGCUUCCAAGCAAUCUCAAACGUGGGAGGUGCAACCAGUUUGCCUGUCCCCUCUCAGUCACAUGACUUGGUCAUGUCCUUUCUUAUGUGCCUGAAAGUCGGAGAUGGCAGAUCUCCUCUUUGUCGGUUUUCCCAAAACAAACAUCUUGAGAGACUUACUAGCAUCAUCCAAAAUCAAACAAAAGACGGAUCAGCCGUGUCUAGCAACGGUGCAAGUCACGAGUGGCGAUCCAAACUCGCUGCAUCCCUUUUAGAAAGUGCACAGAACUCCCACGAAUCCAUCAUCCAGCAAAUGGAAGCGGUGUGUAAGGACUUUGAAGAACGAUGCUCAACUAUCAAAAAACCCUUAGCAGAAGUCAUCCAGGAGCGUGACCAAAUUCGACGCAACUUGGAACACGCACGUCAAGUCAAUAUGGAGUUAGAGGGUCGUGCUCUACAGGACUCUCAACUAGUAUCUAGUUUGACAAAUGACCGUGACCAGCUAGCUGAAAGUAACAGAAGCUACACCCUGAAACUAGAGGGAAUGGCUGAAAAGAUUGAUGUCUUGCAAAACGAAAUCGAUUCCGUUCGUGAACAAUCAUCCAACAGUGUGGAAGCUGAGCGCAUCAAAGCUCGUAGCCGCGAGCUUGAUCUGAUGGCUACUGUUGCAGAGAGGGAUGAUUUUCUUGAGGAGCAAGAGGCGCAGAUGGAUUCCUUAAAGAGGGAAAACCUGACCCUCAAGGAAAAGUUGGAGAAAACCUCACAGCAAAACCUAGAGAUAUCUCAAAAAUGUGACGGACUUCGCGAGGAGGUCGUGAAGACGCGGAAGGAAGCUGCUGAUGAAUAUGAUUCUCAUCGUCUCAAAAUUUCUCAAUUCGAGCAGAUAAUGCACAUGCGAGACUUGGUAUAUGAGGAGAAAGAUGCUCGCGUUUUAGCUUUAAGUGAUGCGAACCGGGACCUAUCUUUACAACUUCACUUCAUCCAGGGGAGGGCAAGAUCCGACGACGAGAGCUUAAGGUCAGAUUUCGAAGAAGAGCGGCAGCGUCAUAAGUCUACAAUGCUUGAGAUGGAGUCUAAACACGCAACACAAAUGGCUCAAGCCCAUUCCGAUGCCAACCAAGAAGCUGAUCGAUAUCGGCUUGAAAUCACCACUCUCAGGAACAACGCCGAGAAGUUCUCCGCAAAAACCGAAAUAGAUUUUCGCGCAAAGGAAAAGAAAAUACGCUAUUUGGAGAAGAAGGUUGAGUUCCUUCACAGCGAAUGCUCUGCCAAAGCCCGCGACUUUUCUGAAGCUCAGGAACAUAUUGGUCGAUUGAUGAAUGUUAUAGGAUUUAAAGAGUCAAAAGUCGACGAUAAGAAAGAGGCGGGAACCGAAAACACAACCAAGGAAUUUCGUCAGUCGUCGCGUCUAGUUGACUUACAAACCCAGUCAUUUCUUCUGCCCUCUCAAGGUGAGAUAACAACGGUCACCCAAUUCUCAAACGUGACUCCGGUUGUCCAGACUUCGAAUUCUUUCCAGCAAAACGCACGCAGUCGCAGUCGGCGCGUCUCAAAUGCGGGAUAUGUAGAUCCAAAUCGGUCCUUCUCACCCAACACGAAAGAAUCCACAGUACGUGACCGAGAGCCGCUGCGACGGGCAUUGAGUGAUGUUGAUAGAAACAGUCCAUCAAAGUCGCAACGCGGGAGCCCAAAAGCGACCCAGGAUAACGAAUGCAGGGAGCUUGACCAGAAGACGCAGUCGCAGGUAAAUCUAGAUGCUACAGAAUGGGGCAACAUUGAUCUGGACUUUGACGACGAUGACCUUUUUACGAGCACAAUGGCUAAAUGAUUAGAGUUUUGGAUGGAGUUCUUUUAGUAAUAGCGAUACCCAAUGGAAUAUUUGAAGAAC